AUGCUCCGCGUCAAGGAUCCGAAGGUGUCGAUUAAGUUCUACACCGAGGUCCUCGGCAUGGACUUGAUAUCCCAACACAGCUUUGAAACGUUCACGCUGUAUUUCCUCGCCUUCGACCACUCCGGUGGGACGCUCUCUGCAACCGAGAAGAAAAACUCGCGCUUCAACCGUGAGGGCGUGCUCGAACUCACUCACAUCCACGGGACCGAGUCAGACGCCAGCUUUGCCGGCUACGUGUCGGGGAACGUCGAGCCGAGCAGAGGCUUUGGACACAUAGCAAUCACUGUGCCGGACGUGGCCGUUGCGUGCGAGCGCUUCGAGCGCCUCGGGGUGGCGUUCAAGAAGCGGUUGACUGACGGGGUCAUGAAGACGAUUGCAUUCAUCUUGGACCCGGAUGGGUACUGGAUCGAGAUCGUCCCGACGCGCCUCGUCCUCGGACCUGGCGAUGAGUAG